AUGGCAGCUGCAUGUGGUAAUGACAUAUCGAAUUCUUUACAUUGUCAUAAAACAAGUUGGAAUUCGAAAAAAUUUAAGAAAACAAAGUCAGCUUAUUCGGCAGCCAAAUCGCUUAUUGUACGAAGUUCUAUUAUAUAUUUACAAAAACAAACAAAAUUAUUGAAAAUUGAAAAUAAUGAAUUGAAAGAAAAUAGUAGAAAGAAUGAUGGAAAACUUAAACAAUUUCAAAAUGAUUUGAAUAUACUUGAAAAUAUUCAGCAGUUAUCGCCAGAUAAUUUAGAAACAUUUUUUGAAGAACGUAUGCAAAAAUUACAAACAUUUGUCGAUGAUCACUGUAACCAAAUUCAUACAGCUGUUCAACAGGAAACUGAGUAUUGGGACAAAAUAUAUGCAGUGAUUAAUAGAAAACUACCACAUCGUAUUAUGUCUCGCCGUUUGGCAUCACAUAAAUUCCAACAAGUUAAUCGGCCAGACGAAUCAAUUGUAACAACAAUUGACGGUGUAGAAGUAACACCGGAUUUAGAUGUACGAAUGUCAAUGCAACAAACACGCUCACGUCUAACACAAUUGAACAAAGAAGUGGCGACAUCAUUUUCAUCGACGUUGAGUAUAAAUAGAAAAUCAUCAAAUACUAAUGAAAAAGAUGAUGCUAAUUUAAAUCAAAAUGAAAAUAGAAUGCCAAAAGUACUAUCAUUAGAUCAAACAUUUGUUGUCGAUCAGCGAUUGGAACCGCUUACCACAGAAUCAACAAUAUCAUGCUCAACGUUUCCGUCGAAUGUCAAUGUACCGUUAAAUAUUGAAAAAGACGGUAUCUUUAAUAAUGAUCAAAGUACAAAUAUAGAAAUAGAAAUAACACAAAAACCAUAUUCAUUACCUAUUGCUGUUCAACAACAUCAAUCAUCAUCGCCACCAAAAAGUGAUGAUGACGACGGUAUUAAAAUAUUACCAAUACAAUUACAUUAUGCUGCUGCUGAUAUCAUUCCCAUACGAAUUAAUCAAACAUUUGCCGUAGCGGAUGUUAUAAAUGAGCGAAAAACAUUACCUAUAGAAGUGCAUGGUAUGAAUAAUAAUAAUAAUAAUAAUAAUUCAAGACCAAUGAAUGAAACAUUUUUUGUUGGAAAAACAUUCAAUUUAUCACCAGCAUUAUUAGCUAUUAAUGAACAUCAACAACAGCAGAGUGAAUCUAGUGAUAAUAUGUAUGAUUGUCUUACAAAUAGUAACAAAAACAAAUCUCCAGUUUUACAGAAUAAUGGUGCAGUCGAAUACUCUUCUUCGAUUCAUCCGAACACUAAUAAUAAUUUUCAAAUGCGAACAACAUUUGUUACGAAAAAAGCAAAAGGAAAAUUUAAACGUCCAUUAAUUUCAAUCUAUGAUUCUCCUGUGAAAAGAGAAUAUGAUGAUAGUCUUACAUCGGAUAGCGAUGAUCAAAUACAAAAAAAGUCGAUUAGCGUCAAACAAUCAAUGUCAACAAUAACAAUAACGUCCGCAUAUUCAGAAGAAAGAAAUCAAAAAUCAAAACCUCGAAGACAAAUUAUUAAAAAUAAUAAAUCAGAAAUAUCGAUUGAAAAGAAAGGUAAUAAUUUACAAACUUUAUCUUCGCCAAAACAUUAUAAUUUUCGCACCCGUAAACAACAACCUGAAAAAACGCAACUUUCAUCAGCAAUAGAAAGUCGUUCUAAAUCGCGUAGUGUAUCUCCGACAAAAACAACACGUAAUGGUAAUAGAAAAAUCGAUGAUCAAACAGCGAAAAAAAGAGUUAAAAAAAACAAUAAACGGUCAACAUCGUCACAGCGAAACGAAAAAUUAUCCACACCAAUUAUUCGCGUUAAAACGCCAUCAACAACAAAAAAAAUACCUCGGCUACGUUCACCGACACAAACACGAUCAAGAUCAUCGAUGAAUCAAAGUGAUACAAAGAAAACGAUGCGUUUAGACGUUAAAACCCCAUUAACAAAGAAAAAGUUAGUGAUGAUUCGUUUUUUUAGUACAGAAGAUUACCUUUGA